UGUCUCAUGUUCAUGUUUCUUGUGGAUUACAUUUCAUUUGGAUUUUUGGACUUUGUUUUCACCUGCACUACAUUUUUAAAGUCUCUGCCAGACUUGGGCUCACACGUUACUUCCUGGAUGGACGGAGGGAUGGAAAGCUUUCGGCGUCUCCCGACCGCAAACACCGACUCUGCCCUCUCUGUUUGCCCGACGAGCGCUUCCUCCACCGCCGCAGGAGCGAGGACGCGCUGAAUGGACCGUCGCUGCUAGUCUCCCCUAACCCGCUUUCCCGUUGCUGCAUAUACACCCCCCUCCAUAACCAUCAGCAUGGUAUUCUAAUAUCCGACAAUAUCGGGGGGGAUUUUGGAACAAAAAGACUCUUCACUAAAAAAAUCUCCGCCCUCCACCGUGCUCAGUCUGAGCUGCGUCUCGGGUGCUUCUUUUUACGCAGCGAAGGCGUCGCUGAUCUGCUCGCAAAGGGGAGAAACUCAACAGUUGUUGCUGCUUAUUGUUUGCAUGUCGACGUGCAUGUCACUACCAUGUGGAGGCUAUCGCAAUCGUGUUGUUGCUGCUGGUGGAUUUUCUCUCUCAUUUUGCCAGCCUUCGUGCUCAUCUGGGCCGAGUGUCAUCCUGCGCUGACAGGAAGCCAAGCCGAGUCCCAAGCCCCUAUCCAAGGCCUGCGCAGGACCACAGCCGUCGGGACACGACACCGGAGAGCUGCCACCGAGGAGACCUACUGGGCCUACUCAGGUAUGUAUGGGCCCGACGAGGGCUGGGCGUCAGCCUACACAGAAUGCAGAGAGAGAAACCAGUCACCAAUCAACAUUGUGGACCAGGAUACCAAAGUAUCCGCAGACUUUCAGGAACUGACACUGGAGGGCUUUGAUACGGAAUCUUCUAAUAAGACAUCUAUGAAGAACACUGGCAAAACAGUGGCCAUUAUCUUGAAGGACGAUUACUUUGUUCGGGGAGCAGGCCUACCAGGGAGGUUUAAGGCAGAAAAAGUGGAGUUUCAUUGGGGUCCGAGCAACGGAUCUGAAGGCUCUGAACACAGCAUCAACAGCCGGCGUUACCCUGUGGAGAUGCAGAUCUACAUGUACAACUCAGAUGACUUCGACAGCCUCAGUGCAGCGCUCAGGGAGAAGAGGAUCAUCGCAGCCAUGGCUGUGUUUAUUCAGGUGGGAGGGAAGGACAAUCCUGCUGUUGACCCCAUAAUCCACGGCCUAAAGGGUGUGGUCCAUCAUGAAAAAGAGACUGUCCUGGAGCCAUUUGUUCUGAAGGACAUGCUGCCGUCCUCGCUGGGAAGUUACUAUCGCUACACGGGCUCUCUCACCACUCCGCCCUGCAGUAAGGUGGUGGAGUGGAUCAUCUUCAGCAGACCUAUCUAUGUGUCCUACAGACAGUUGGAGGCUUUCUACUCGAUUUUCACCACGGAGCAGCAGGACCAUGUUAAAUCUGUAGAGUAUCUGCGCAGCAACUUCAGGCCCAUUCAGAGCUUGGACAACAGGCAGGUGUUUAAGUCAGCAGUCAAAGAUGCCUGGCUGCCUGACCUGACCGACAGCAGCAGCGGGCCGUACGGCACGGAGGCUUCCAAAGUAUGCAGCAGUGCUCCCGUCAACAUGAAGGUGCAGCAUGUGAAUGGCAGCGCUCUGGUGGUACGCUGGGCUCGUCCAGAAGUAACCUACCACCCGCCUAUCCUCCACUUCCUGGUGUCUUACAGCUGGACGGCCCAUGACGACAGUUAUGAGGAGACACACCUCACCGAUGGCAAACACAAACUGGAGGCCGUCAUUUCUCCCGUCUCCCCUGAUGUGCUGUACCUGUUUCGAGUCCAGGCUGUCUGCAUGAAUGACAUGCGCAGUGACUUCAGUCAGAGCAUGCUCUUCAGAGCAAACACUACCAGGAUCUUUGAGGGGACCAGGAUCGUGAAAACUGGAAUGCCAACGGUGUCUCCAGCCUCCUCAGCCGACAUGGCUCCCAUCUCCUCUGGCUCAUCUACUUGGACUUCUUCGGGCAUCCCCUUCUCCUUUGUCUCUAUGGCGACAGGAAUCGGCCCAUCCUCCAGUGGUAGUCAGGCGACAGUGGCGUCUGUGGUGACCAGUACUUUACUGGCCGGCCUGGGCUUCAGUGGCGGCGUCAUCUCCUCCUUCCCAAGUUCUGUUUGGCCGAGCAGAGCGCCAACCCAUAAUCCCACCUCCACACGCCAGACCACCAAGCCAAACAACGACGCUGCCACCUCUGCCUCUGUUGUUGCAGCAAAAGAUAACAGUGAAGCUGGGGGUGAGGAAAGAGAGAACAGCAAGGGUCAAGGAGAGGAAGGAGAGAGAGAAGGAGAGGAUAAGGAUGAAAAGGAGGAAAAGGAGGAAAAAGAAGAGAAAGAUAAGAAGAAGGACAGGAAGGGAUCAAGAGGGGUAGGCAAGGGAGGGAGGAAGGACAACAGCACAGUGGCGAAUGAGCCGCCCAGCAAGACACCGGAUGCCACAGCAAAGGAGAAAGAACAGACUGAACCAGAUCCAACAAACGAGCCUAAUGUAGAAGACCAACUGGAGGAUCAUACCUAUAAUCCACUUGACUCUAACCCCACUACCACCACAGACACAGCCAAUGAAACAGCAGCAUUGCCUGCCCCCAAGGACCCGGCAGUGAUACUUAUACCCAGCACAGGGGGGGACAAGAAGCACUGGCCUUUCUUCAUCUAUACUGACCGUCCCAGUGCCGUGACCAAUCUGACCCACCAGCCAAGGCCUGGGUCUGGGGCGGGCCUGGGCCGUGUGGAGUGGCUGGUACCUUUGGUGCUGGUUUCAGCUGUGACUUUCCUCUGCCUUGUUCUCCUGCUGGCUGUUCUCGUCUACUGGAGGAUGAACGCUCUCUGCUCUUUGCUCUGUAUCAAAUACAGGCGCUGUUUCCAGACAGCUCAUUUCUAUGUGGAAGACAGCAAUUCGCCCAGGGUGGUACCCAAUGAGACGACCCCUGUCAUCCCCAUACCAGAUGACAUGGAAGCCAUUCCAGUCAAGCAGUUCAUCAAACAUGUCUCUGAACUCUGUUCAAACAACCAACAUGGAUUCUCUGAGGAUUUUGAGGAGGUUCAACGGUGCACUGCUGAUAUGAAGAUCACGUCAGAGCACUCCAACCACCCUGACAACAAGCACAAGAACAGAUACAUUAACAUAGUGGCCUAUGACCACAGCAGGGUGAAGCUGAGGCCACUAGCUGGGAAGGAAUCCAAACACACCGACUACAUCAAUGCCAACUAUGUGGAUGGUUAUAAUAAGCCUAAAGCUUACAUUGCAGCCCAGGGACCUCUCAAGUCCACUUUUGAGGACUUUUGGCGGAUGGUGUGGGAGCAAAAUACAGGCAUCAUCGUCAUGAUCACCAACUUAGUGGAAAAGGGCCGGAGAAAAUGUGACCAAUACUGGCCAACAGAGAACAGUGAAGAGUACGGCAACAUGGUAGUCACACUGAAAAGCACUAAAGUUCAUGCCUGCUACACGGUUCGCUGCUUCACAUUGCGCAACAAUAAAGUCAAAAAGGGUGGGAAAGGGAACUGUAAGGCGCGGGCCCAGAGUGAACGGACAGUGCUCCAGUAUCAUUAUACCCAGUGGCCAGACAUGGGUGUCCCCGAGUACGCCCUACCUGUCCUCACCUUUGUCCGCAGGUCCUCAGCCGCCCAGAUGCCUCACAUGGGACCCAUGCUUGUCCACUGCAGUGCUGGAGUGGGUCGGACGGGGACGUACAUCGUCAUAGACAGCAUGCUGCAGCAGAUCACAGACAAGAGCACAGUUAAUGUACCUGGCUUCCUCAAACACAUACGCACACAGCGCAACUACCUAGUCCAGACUGAGGAGCAGUACAUCUUCAUCCACGAUGCCUUGGUGGAAACCAUUUCUGGGAAGGUGACGGAAGUGGCGGCCAGCCAGCUUCACAGCUACUUCAACAGCAUCAUGACAUCAGGACACAGCGGCCGGACGCAUCUGGAGAAACAGUUCAAGUUGGUAACACAGUGUAAUGCCAGAUUCGUGGAAUGCUUCAACGCUCAGAAGGAGUGCAACAAAGAGAAAAAUCGAAAUUCCUCCGUGGUGCCUUCGGAGCGAGCCAGGGUUGGCCUUGCACCUUUGCCCGGCAUCAAAGGCACCGAUUACAUUAACGCCUCUUACAUCAUGGGUUACUACCGAAGUAAUGAGUUCAUCAUUACCCAGCAUCCUCUGCCCCACACUACAAAAGACUUCUGGAGAAUGAUCUGGGACCACAAUGCACAAAUUAUUGUUAUGCUGCCUGCCAACCAUGGACUGGCAGAGGAUGAGUUUGUGUACUGGCCCAGUCGGGAAGAGGCCAUGAACUGCGAGGCGUUCACUGUCACCCUCAUCAGUGAAGACCGACUCUGUCUGUGCAAUGAGGAGCAGAUCAGCAUCCACGACUUCAUCCUGGAGGCUACACAGGAUGAUUAUGUAUUAGAAGUUCGUCACUUUCAGUGCCCCAAAUGGCCGAACCCUGACGCACCUAUCAGUAGCACGUUCGAGCUCAUCAGCAUCAUUAAAGAGGAGGCGGCCACCAGGGAUGGACCAACCAUCGUCCAUGAUGAGUUAGGAGCAGUGUCAGCCGGCAUGCUGUGUGCCCUCACCACACUGUCUCAGCAGCUGGAGAGCGAGGGCGCCGUUGAUGUCUAUCAAGUCGCCAAGAUGAUCAACCUCAUGAGGCCAGGAGUCUUCACAGACAUUGACCAGUACCAGUACCUAUACAAAGCACUGCUCAGCCUCGUCAACACCAAGGAGAGCGGCUCAGGUGUUCUGGCCAGAGACAUUAACGGGACAAUGGCGUCCAUGUCUGAUCAGUCCGAACAGGCAGAGAGCAUGGAGUCACUGGUCUGAGAGAGGACCAGGGGCCGCCGGCUGAGCUGAGGGCAUCCCAUGGGUCCAAACACCAUGCGAGGUCCCAGAGCCCACAAAGGAGGCACUUAACUUUGUAAAAUGUCAAGAAACUAUUGUGGACAAGACUUUUUGAGGCCUUUUUGCCAGACUCUUGGUUAAAAUGAAUACCCUAAUUACUUUUUUACAAUGAUAAAAAGUUUUUGAUAUUUAUUUUUUUCGCCAUUUUAUGUCUUAAUGUUCUCCUACUGAAGGGUUUGCACCUGUGUUGAGUUUCACAACAGCUUCAGUAGGCAACGAGAAACACUUUUCUGUCUUUUCUUGUUUGCACUAUAUAACGUCAAUGUUACUGCCUAUACUAAAGCUGACUCACUUGGCUUUUCUCCACUCAAGCUCUGAUUUAUGUUGACAUUCCAUGGCUUUGGCCUUUAUUAAACCAACUGCUUCUGUGAAGAACAUUGUUCUACCAGUUGAUUUAAGACAGUGGACGGAGAAAGACAUGAACUCUCUGCCUCAGUGACAAAAUGCUUUUUGACUUUAGCUCAGCGUGGCCUCCUCCACCCUGCUCAUUUCUAGUACUCAUAUUACCACUCAUUAAUCACAAGAACCAAGAUCUUGGAACCUUGUUUUCUAAAAUGAAUGUCCUUUUCACCUUUUUUUUGCCAAAUUUUCUUGUCACUCUCCCUCUUUUAAGUGAAUCACAACCAUGUUAGAAUACCUGAGGUGGUGUAACAACUGCUACUGUGAAAUGUUAAUAUUAUUUCUUUGUAUAAUUCAUAUUAUGCUUUUUAAUAUAUGGAAAUACUGUAUGUAUACAUAUAUAAAUAUAUCCUUAUUAUAACUUUGUGAUUUUUGUACAUGUCCUUUGUGGCCUCCAGUCUCAGGCCGGUUGAUUUCCGCCGCGUCUGACAGUUUACCACUCCAGGACUUACAGCUGAUUCCCAGCUAUCUGGAAGUGACUCCCUCAGUCCUCUAUGUUCUUGUAUGCUGCUAUGUCAUCUAAACUCACAUACAUACAAUUACAGACACCACCAGGAGUGAUUUUACAUUUGAAACGUUUGGUGAGCUACCACAGAUGAUGCAGUGUUUCCCACAGGAUUUUGUGAGACUAUGGUGGGUGGACAUCGAUCCUCUAGGGGGUUCUGGGGGCAUGCCCCCGGGAAGAAAGAUUUGUACAUUUUAAGAUUAUGUGUAUUAAUUUGAUGCACUUUAAAAGCAAAAUAAAGAGGCUAGAUCUAUGAA